GAAAUGCUACACCGCAUCGCAAAAACAUUCGAAACAUACUCGUAGGUACAUUUCGUAGGUACAUCACAUCAUAAAACUUUCAUAAAUGUAGCAAGUACCUGAACACUCUAGUUACAAUGUUGAGCAAUAUUCUUUAUGUACUCUUCUUGUUACAUAUGAUGACAGAAGAUUGUGAUAGCAGCAUAACUGACAUAUUGCAUUAUGCACCAACCAGUAAAACUCUCGAAGGAGUAAAUGAUAAGUUAAAAAGUGUCUCUUCACUAUUGACGAUCAGACCAGUGAUCGCUUUCAUUCAGAUGUUGGAAGCUAUCAGAAAAGGUGAAAAGUUCAAAGAUGGUACGGUUGGUAAAGUAGAUGAUGCUAAAGAUGAAGUCGUUGAUACAGCAAAAGAUGCCAAAAAAGGCGUUGAAAACGCCGGCAAUGCAAUCAAAAAAAUAUUCAGAUAGUCUACGGAGCUUCGAAGUUCGAAGGAUGAAUAAUGAAUAUCUUUUCACAGUAAGAUAUCAUAUUUUUGAGAUUCGCAAAAUUGUCAUUUUAUUAAACUCAAAUUUCUGUUUCUUUUUGUUUUGUUUUGUUUUUCCACAAAUAAUUCAUACCUAUAGGUACUAGUCUACGAAAA